UUUAGUGCUCGCUGCUGCCUCUUUCUGCUCUUGUUAUCAGUGAACGCUGAGGGUGAAACUACAGAGAGUAGCCUGCAGCCUCAGCCACAGAAACUCGGGUUUAUUCCAACUUUACCGCCAGUUGUGCGCGUGAGUGUGCGUGCGUGUCUGGGUGAACACGCUUUGUUAGCACAGCAAAUUUAGCCGGCAGUGAGUCACACACACACAUACACACACACACCCGCGGUCGGAACUUGAAAUGUGACGGUAAUCAAAAUGGGAGGAAAGUCGUAGCUAGCUCGCUGAAGUUGGAGGUUCUCCUUGUGGAAGAAGAAGGAAGAGGUGGCGGCGGCGGACACCACGAGUUCACUCUCACAAUAAAAAGACUGCAGCCCAACCAGAAGCUUCAAAGGCGGGUUUUACUCAGCAGAGCAGUUCAAGAGAAAAUGGCUGCUGUUUCCAGGUCUUGUUUGCACAUCUGUCAGGAGUUGACUGUUCAGGAGAAAAUGGGGUCCGUGGAGUGAGCUCAGCCUUCCAACAUACCACCUCCUCUCACUGGGCUAAGAUGAGUAUUACCAGUGAUGAAGUGAACUUCCUGGUCUACAGAUAUCUCCAAGAAUCAGGUUUCUCCCACUCAGCAUUCACCUUUGGCAUUGAGAGUCACAUAAGCCAGUCUAACAUCAAUGGAACACUAGUGCCCCCUGCUGCUCUCAUCUCCAUCCUGCAGAAAGGACUCCAGUAUGUGGAGGCAGAAAUCAGCAUUAAUGAGGAUGGCACAGUCUUCGAUGGUCGACCGAUUGAGUCGCUGUCACUCAUUGAUGCGGUGAUGCCUGAUGUGGUGCAGACGCGGCAGCAGGCCUUCCGCGACAAACUAGCCCAGCAGCAGGCCGCCUGUACCAUAGCGGCUUCAACCUCUGGAAAUCAGUCCAUUGCACCAAAGAAUGGAGAAGCCACUGUCAAUGGGGAGGAGAACGGUACUCACAACAUGAAUAACCACAGUGAACCCAUGGAGAUGGAUGUAGAUGUUGAGAUACCAGCCAGCAAAGCCACAGUGCUCCGAGGCCACGAGUCUGAAGUUUUCAUCUGUGCCUGGAACCCUGUCAGCGAUCUGUUGGCCUCAGGUUCGGGGGACUCCACUGCCAGGAUCUGGAACCUGAACGAGAAUAACAACUCCAACUCCACCCAACUGGUGCUGCGCCACUGUAUCCGAGAAGGUGGCCAGGAUGUCCCCAGCAACAAAGACGUCACCUCCCUAGACUGGAAUAGCGAUGGGACUCUCCUGGCAACGGGCUCAUAUGAUGGAUUUGCCAGGAUAUGGACAAAGGAUGGAAAUCUGGCAAGCACCUUGGGUCAGCACAAAGGGCCCAUAUUUGCACUCAAGUGGAACAAGAAGGGGAACUGUAUUCUCAGCGCUGGCGUAGAUAAGACGACAAUCAUUUGGGAUGCACACACGGGAGAAGCCAAGCAGCAGUUCCCUUUUCACUCAGCCCCAGCACUGGAUGUCGACUGGCAGAACAACACCACGUUUGCCUCUUGCAGCACAGACAUGUGCAUCCACGUAUGUCGUCUUGGCAGUGACCGCCCCCUUAAGACUUUCCAGGGUCACACGAAUGAAGUUAAUGCCAUUAAGUGGGACCCAUCGGGUAUGCUUCUUGCCUCCUGCUCAGAUGACAUGACCUUAAAGAUUUGGAGUAUGAAGCAGGAGUCAUGUGUCCACGACCUCCAGGCUCACAGUAAAGAAAUCUACACUAUCAAAUGGAGCCCCACAGGCCCCAGCACAAGUAACCCCAACGCCAACAUCAUGCUCGCCAGCGCAUCUUUUGACUCUACAGUGCGACUGUGGGAUGUUGAACGAGGUGUUUGUAUUCAUACACUGACCAGACAUCAGGAACCGGUCUACAGCGUGGCCUUCAGCCCCGAUGGCAAACACCUAGCCAGCGGCUCCUUUGAUAAAUGUGUCCAUAUUUGGAACACUACGACUGGAGCCUUGGUGCACAGCUACAGGGGUACUGGCGGCAUCUUCGAGGUGUGUUGGAACAGCACCGGAGACAAAGUCGGUGCCAGUGCGUCGGAUGGCUCGGUUUGUGUUCUCGAUCUCCGAAAAUAGCCCACUUGAUGAUUAAUCCUGGAAUGUGGAAAAAAAAUGCCGCUUUCUGCCAUCAGCAAACACACUCUUAUUGCUCAAGAAGGGCUGUAAGGGCGAUCUGAAUGAAAACUCUCACCGGAAUAAAACCAGAUGACUGCAGUGGUUUUAACACCAACUGAAUUGAGCGCACCUUACAGUCGACGUGUGUUUUCUGAUAAGCCUGUUUGAGACAUAGCGGAAGCUGGAUAAAAUAUCCCCCAGACUGGACACAACUCCCUGGGUGCAUCCAUGUAUUAAAAUGGUUUCUUAUGAUGAAGUGCCGUGAUCCUCACGGGCCACUGGUCCACUGUUAUCGGGUUGUGAGGGUAGAAACACAAGGAUGAGUCGAGUUAUGUAAAGAGAAAAGUGUUAUUGAGACACUGGUGUUUGGCUGUGAGAAGAAACAAAUUGUGAGGAGCUUCAUGUCCAAAUGAAGUAACAUGAUGAAAGUAGCUGAUACUGAAAACUGAAGCACUGCUGUUGUCUGCUGACACGGUGCUUAAUUUCUCCCCCGUGGAGAAUAGUUUAAGAGUCCUUCUUACUUUUCUUUUUUUCCCCUUUUUUCCUUUUCUUUUGUCUUUUUUCCACAGAUGGAUUUUUGAAAGUCAAUUUGAAUGUGCCGCUACAAGGUAGUUCUUAGCUCAUUUUUAACUUCAGGUCCAAAAAAAAAGAAAAAAAAAAAAGAAAAAAGCCUGCCAAGAAAUUGUCUUAACUUUCAAAAAAUGACCUGUUCAAUUCAGUCAUCAUUAGAAAAAUGUCAUUCUGUGGACAAGAUGUGAAAAGCGUGCUUUACACAGAGAAUUAUCUCCCACUUCAGAUGUAAAUUUAAAGAAUGUAAAGAUGUAAAUUAGAUUAAUACACAGACUUAUAUACUGUGUAUAUAUGUUUAUAGACAGCACACUUUUAUUGCAAGACUGUAGGGGCUUUUUAAUGGCUAGAGCUAUCACAUCGUUGCUGUUAAUGUGUGACAAGACCACUUUUUAAAAAUGAAGUGUACGUCUGAGCUUCUUAUGUGGCAGUCUUUCUAAAAUCUGCCAGUAACUGGAUCAGGUUUACUUUUCUUUCAGUGAAUCAAAGAGAACAUCAUGAAAAAUGGGUUGAGCAAUUUAGCUUUCCUCUGUUUAUCACCGAAACUCACGGAAGAAAUGUACACCUCAUCUGCAUUCAGGAAGUUGUCUUGUUAAAGAUGUUGGCAGUCAUCACUAUCCUGCUUAGCCUGCUGUUUAUUAUUUGUUUUUGUUUUUUUGUUUGUUUGUUUGUUUUUAUGUGAAACAAGACAUCACAGGACUCACAAACCUGCAACUGCCACACAGACCCAAGUGAGGAAAGUUACUACAGCUUAUUAUUGCCGCGGUUCCUCUUUGGCACUUUUCCUCUGAUCAGCCUACUGAAAAUUCAGAUCAUUUGACCAAGAGGUGGAUUUUUAUGCAAAGCCUUGCUAUUUUUUUUUUUUUUUUAAAAACAAAAAACUGCAAUUGAUCUUACUGUUGCCAGCUGAUCAGGCCUGGUGAGCUUUGAAAUGCCUGUUCUGUUGUGGGGUGGGUACGAGCAGUGUGCAGUACGUCUGCCUGCUGGGGUAUAAAGUAAAAGUAUCUGCUCCCACUUUGAUUUGCCCCCCCCUUUUUUUGUUUUUUGUUUUUGGUCCCUCUCACUUUUUGUCAGCUUCAGCUGGAGCAACAUGAAGUGCACUUUUGUAGUGGUGGGUUCAGCAGAAAUUCAGGUUUUGCUGAAAGUGAAGGUCCAAUGUUUUUUUCCUUUUUUUUUUUUUUUUUUUGUUGUUGUCACAGUUGGUUAAUAAUGGGUGUUUAAUGUUUUUUCUGACUUUUUUUUUUUUAAUUAAUAAUUUGCUGAGAGCCAUUAUUGUCUGUGUCAGACUGAGAAUUGGGCUGUAGGUCAGUGGCCAUUCUUGGCAUGCUAAGGAGCCCAAUAUGGAAUAAGUGCUGUGACAGCUACUAUCUUUUGUGCCCUGAUCCAGGGUCUGUCACCUGUUUCCAAGAAAAAAAAAACAUUGAAGUCGUUCAGUGUCUCAAAUAAAUUGCUCUAUUUUGAUAACAGAACUCA